AUGCUUUUCCGAACUCUUGCCUCCGCCGCUCUUCUGGCUUGUGCCAGCAACGCUGCCUCCUCGCCUCAGCCUUACAAGCUGAUCAAGGGCCCCGUUGAAGGUCUCAGCUUCGCUCGUCGUUCUACUCCCGGAUACCAGCCCGAUCAGUCUGUCUGUGGUGGUGGUGGCAAGACUUGCGCUGAUGCUUGUGGUGCCGGAUAUGAGUCUUGCCCUUCUGAGGAUGACCAAACCCACUGCUUCAACCCUACUGUGAAGCAGUCCUGCUGCUUUGACGGCAGUGGCAACUCUUGUGACAAGGGCUUCUACUGCUCUCACGACACCAAGGCCCAGACCUGGUGCUGCCCUGACUCUAUGGAUCUUGCUGAGUGUGCCGCUGCGUAUGGCGUUGAGGACGGCCUCAAGACCGAGAAGCUCAUGACCAGCACCGCUACUACCGUUGCUGAGACCACCACUGCUGAGCCCACUACCACUGCUGUCCCCACAACCUCUUCUGAGCUCCAGACCACCUCGACGACUGUCUACAUCACCAGUACCUCUAUGGACUCCACCUCAACCGAGGCUCCUACCACCUCUGCCGCCCCUACCACCUCUUCAGUCGUCGUUAAGACCACAAACAAGGCUGAUAAGACCACCGUUGUUGCUCCUAGCUCGGGCUACAGCACUGCUUGGAGUGGUUCUAACAGCACCAUUGCCACUGCCGCUCCUACUCAGCCAUCCGAGUCUGCCCCCGGCUCUGCUGAGCCUUCCAGCAUCAGCAGUGGUGCUUCCCUCACCGGCGUGAGCGCUCUGCUUCUCGCUGCUGCUGGUGCCUUUGCCCUCCUCUAA